UUCACGCAACACAAUCAGUCAGUGUAGUGCGCUCAUGCCGGUAGGACAUGAGGCCCCUCACAAUAAUAUAGAAUCUAAAGAUAAUAAACAGUUCUCUUCUGUAUCGACUACUAUAUAUACAGUGAGUAUCGCUUUAGGUGGACACUUUAACGGGCUUGACUCCUGCGGUGGAUUUCCACGCCCAGCUGUGCUCCCCUUGAGUCGGAUGAAAUCGUCCAGGCAGUCUUUCAGAUAAGCUCAGUCCUUACAUCCAUGGUGGUGCAGCUAGCUGAUGGAAAGGAAGGCCGGCAAACAGCUCAACAUGGUCUCCAGGCUGCCCAAGUUUACUUCUCGCUCCUCAGCUACAACCACAAACCCCCUUCACCAAGGAUCUGCCCUCCCUGUCUCCUCUUUGGGGUGUAAAGGUUCACCUCAGGGGCGGCACACUAUUUUGACACGAGUGCCAUCACUGAAGUGGAGAAAGGGUGAAGAGGACAGUGGAAAUAAAGUUCAACAUUCUGACAGCUUGGAAGAGGAGACAAGUGUAGCUAUAUGUCCCCCUGUGGUUAAAAAGCCAUCUCCCACAGAUGCGGUUAAAUUAAAGAGUGUAGUCCCCAUUGCACAAAGUAGUAGCCCAAGGACUAUAUCCCAGCCCAGCAAAACCUAUCCCCGAAUGACUGCUCUCAAACGCCUCUCCGCAGGGCAUGCCCUCUAUAAUGGCACCGCUACUCUGAAAGCCAGUGGUGUUAAUGGACGUUGUGGGUCUGGCCUCUCAGGGUCUGGUCUGGAAUAUUCAUCCCAACAAAGAAGCCUGGAGAGCACACUGUCCCUAUCCAACGAUAGCCUCAAGUCAGCCUCUAAAGAGAACAUAGUGCGCUCUCUGAGUUUGACCCACUUCAAGAGGGUAGCAUCCCCCACCAACCUUCCUAUGACCCGUUCCUUUUCUUUUAACAAAGCUUCAGAGCUGGCUAAAGAGCUUCCAAAACCCUUAGCACAAUCUCCAGUGGCUAGGUCACCCCUCAUUAAGCCAAAUCCGCUAUUAUCUGAAGGUAAAGUGAGCAAGUAUGGGAUUGCAAGUCCCUCUGUAACUACAAGUAGUGGGCCUUUGCCAAAAGGUACAAUAAAGAAAUCCCUUUUACCCAGCUUCUUGGGUAACAAGCCCUCAGCACUCAGCUACAGACUGACACGUCCAUCACUCAUCAAGUGUCCUCCUCUUGUUGUAGCUGAGACUGUCCAGAAUGAAGCAGAAUUGAAUCGAAAGGUCAAAGAUCCUACACAGGUAGCAGAAACCAGUUCAGAAGCAACUAGCAAUGCUGAAAGUGCUGGAACUACUCCGGAUGAGACCCCAUCUGAAGCAAAGGAGGUAGAUCACGGUCUAGGCCCUUCCUUGGAGGUCUUGGAGAACAUGUCGCUAUCAUCCACCUCCUCCCUGGAGCACAACGACACUAGUGAGGAGUACAUUGAUGACUUUGAUAAUCUCGGGAAUGGAGGCGAGAUCUUGCUGUUGCCUGUCCACCAAGAUGGGUUAGACCACAUAGGACUAUGUGAGGAUGACAACGCUCUAAUCGCUGAGUGUAGUGAGUCAUCACCAGUGACCAGCUUGCACAGCUUCCUGUCUGAAACCGUUGAUUGGUCAGGGAUGGGCCUCACAGCUGGUAAAGAUGGCUUUGAGCAUGAGACUUUGGCUGCUGUAGGUGAUUUUCAUCACGGCUCAUCUCUGGACCUGUCACCCUCGGUCAGCUCCGGUGGAACCUACAUGUGGGAUGAAGAGGGGCUGGAAGCACUGGGUGGAUCUGGACAUCUGUGUGGGAGUUAUGACUCUGAUCUCAACAGCAUGGACAUUCUCAGCAACCUGGAGAAUGUGGAGUCAUGUGACCUGGGGGACGAUGACCUCAUAAUGGAUUUGGAUCUGUCUGAAGAUGCAUCCUUACACAGCAACACUGAUGGGAUGUUAUCGUACGAGUGCUCUGAAACAGGCGGUCAGCUGAAUCAGAGGAGGACUCGACUGCAGCGCUGGGGCCUUCAUGAUCAGUUCCGCUGUGAAAACAGAAGUGGAGGUCUGCAGACAUUUGAUGGCUGUCAGGGACAGGGGUCACAGAGGUCGCGGUCGGAUCUUGUGAGGCUGGAUGAGUUGACUCUGAAACACAUGGCUGAAGACUGCUCCUCUGUCAAACUACAGCUGCUUCAGCUGCAGGCACUGCUACAGAUGGAGGCAGAUGGUUCAGCUGAAGACACUUCAGAAGCUCCAGAUACCCCAGAAUCUACUGACCAAUCUUUACUUAAUCAAAAGGUGACGCUGCUCCUGAAAGAGGUGGAGGAUCUGAGAACUGAACUCGGAAGCAAAGACAGAAUGAUCACUGAACUCUCACAGCAGCUGUGUUCUCCAGUGGAGGUCCUGCAAUGUCACUGCCAGCAGAGGUCAGAGGGUCACAGGGGGUCAGAGGAGCACCUAGACAAGAGUACUCAAACACCAUGGAGAGCACAUAAUCCUCAGAUACUACAGGCUCCCAGAUUCUUGCCCAGCAAGCUUCUCAACCCCAAAAGUCUUUCGAGGUCAACCCCUACAGAGGCCCCUUGUGACAAUGUGGAUGCCCAGCCUGGUCACCGCCCACUGACACCCCAGUCCUGCUCUACAGACAUGCAAAGUCCCAUUACUGUUGAGUCCAGCCCAAACUGUACUGUACCAACGGUUCCUAUUCCUGCUGAUAGCAUUACUGCCUCCUUGUCAAGAACUUUGCAGAACUCUGAUCCUGAUGAGCUCAGCCUCACAAGCAGCGACCUUUCAAUCAGUGAGACAGCAUACACAACAGCUUCUUGUAGCCUUGGCUUGAGGCUUGAGAGAGGUUCCCAAAAACUCCCAUUAGGAAGAAGUAGGCUUUCGACUCUACAACCACCCAGCUUCACCAAGAGGGCUUCAACUCUCAUCAAUCCCGAGGAAGUACAUCGGGUCAGCAUGCUCUCAGGAGCUCUCAAAAGGCUGGGAACUUCAGGUCCAUCCAGGAUAAGACGUCAGCCCUUGCCAGCUCACGGACUACCCUGCAUCAGCCCCGCCCACCAAGCAACCAUUCCCACCACCACUGUAGCACUGAUAUAUAACCCACAAAAUGAAGGGGUCAGACAGUCUCCUCCUCACACAGAGAUGGAGAUCAGUUUACCCAGAACCUCUGCACACCUCCAGCCCAACCAUUCCCGCCUUCCCAAGGCCAAGCGCACACAACAAGACUGAAGGUCAUCGCUCUGUACACAUUUAGACACUCACAAGCUGGGAUUCCAUCCACAUAUUUGCUGGAUAGAAACACCAAGAUGCAAAUAAAGUUUCCAUAAUGCACAUAAAUGUAUACACCCGCUUGAGGUGGACACAUUUUUUAUAUUCGGUAUGAAGACGUGCAGAAACUACAGUGGAAACACAUUUAGCAAAUAUAUUCCUAUAGAAUUUAUAUAGGAAUAUACUGUAGAUGCGCAUCAAAAAAGUCACAUGACUUUGUCUCAACAAGCCAUGUGAAUACAUAAUUUGCAAAGAGAAAAUCAUCGCCUAGCAUCUGAAAUGUUGCUCUUGUUAUUGGGAAAUGCCAAAGCCUGUCAUCAUAAUGACUGGCUACUAUUACCUCCCAAAACUGUGUGACAUGCUUUCACUUCACAAUUUGUCAGAGCAUUUCGUCUCUGCGCUCUAAACCGCGUGUAAUUUAUUACAUUGAAUAAAAGAGCCACAGAGCCACCUCCAUUUUCAUUUCUAUUUUGUGCCAAUUUCCCUAAAAGUGACAAUUUUGUCAUCUUAAUCACAUGGUCGAAACACUGCUUUAUAAUUUAUUUAUUUUUUGCGAUGAUCAGAGUUUUUAACUUGUAUGGAAACAUAGCUACACUCUCGUUUUUGGUCGUGUUGGUGCGCACAGUAUAUGACUGAUCGUAGACUGUGUACGUCAAAUUACAAGAUCAUUCUCUUCACUGACUGAAGCUAUGAUCUCAAAAUGUUUUCUCACACAGACAUUGCAACGGGAGAUUUUAUCUUGACAGCAUAUCAACAAACAUGAAGGAAGGGUUGUGGUGUUGAGAGAAUGAGCCAGAAAAUUGAGAGAAUGAAACAGAAAAUAUUGAUGAGGCAGCAGUUUUAUAUUUUUUUACCUCCUGCUGCCCAAAGCAUUGCUCUCCUCUUGCAUGUCACUGGCUGUUGGUCAUUGUAGCUCUCUAGCUCUUGCCGGGACAGUGCUUACACCUGACGACUGGAAGAUUAAAUGUCUGAGUCUCAGAAGUGCACACACUAGAAGACAGCCUGUGACUGAAUAUCAAAAAAAUGAACUUCAGUCUUGUAGCGUGCACUUGGCUCAAGCCGAAGUGACCCAGUGACCAUCUCCCAGGCAGCGCUGCAUGAACAAUAACCUCCUCUGAUUGUCCUCCUUCGUGACUCGCCAGAGGGCAGUGAGGCUUUAUUGGGGCAGGUCUCCUGCCUGAGCUUGAGGUAUUCUUUUAAACAUGACUGAGCACGCUGCACUGCUUGAGGUGCUGGGCCCCAAAUAAAUAAUGCACUCAAGGUUGCACUUGAAGCUAGCCACAUUGCUCUGUGAAGUAGAAAUAAAAUCAAAAUUAGCCCAGCUUUAAACAUGAUGUGUUAUUCCACUGUGGCUGCCAGUUGAAAGCUAAAUAAGGAUUGCAUAAAAUGUGUUGAAUGUGGGAGGUAAUUUGCAAGACACUAGAUCCUGUCUUCUUACCUUUUACCUUGAAUAAUCAAUAAUACAAUGAACCUCCAAGAAAUACGGCCUGUGUAAGAGAAAGUAAAAGAAUAAGCCAGUCUGUUUUAUGUUUCAUAUAUCUACAAAAACAAGCCUACCAAUACAGAUUCGCUUCAGUUUGCUUCAGCUUCACCUCUACAUGACAAGCAUUGCAGAAAGUGUCACAGAGGGGCGAUUUAAUGAGAGGUGUAAACAUUAAAAACACAUGUAUUUGGACUUGCACCCUUUCUACACCUGAUACGAGCGGCACAUCAUGUCAUGUCAAAAGCAAUAGAACCCAUUAUAAUCAAUGAUGCUGUCUACGCUGAUAGGAUAACAACUGAAAACAAGCAGAGUGUCGAUAUUGUCCCUGCUUCACUUUUUGUAUACCUCUCACAAGUCCUCAAGAGAGACUUUAAUUUUCUUUUCUUAACUACCACCACAUGUGGUACGUGUGAAGCAUGGGUUAUGAUGAAAAGUUCCCACUGAGAUUUUCAAAGGAGCCGUCUCCUCCAAUUGCUUCUCUUUCCUUCUCUCUUCGUACCUUUGUUCCUCACUGCUUGCAUUAGGAUGGUGUCCUGCAGGCAUUUGCCUCCCACCACGCCACCUAAUGAGAAUAAAUUGUGAAAGCUAAGUCAAAAUUAACAGCAGAAAGUGUUGCAAGGACUUGAAUACAAUGUAAAAUAUAUAUAUAUAUAUACUAUAAAAGAUGAAAUAACAUCUCGUUGUGGAGAGCAUUGGCCCUUACGGUGAGGUAGUUUGAAGUGGUUGGCAUGGUUACUUUACCACUACUGUGAUUUUGCCAAGUAAGAUAUGAUCCUGGAUCAACAUCCUUCAUGGAGCAAUUCCUAUCAACUAAUCAUGUUUAAGGGUUAGGUUUAGGCCUAUGGCAGGGAGUUUGAGGCAUGAACAACAAUCAGAUUUAAGGGUUAGGUUAGGGUUAGGUUUAAGGAUUAGGCCAAGGGCAGUGGGUUUGAGACUUGCACAAUACAAUUUAUUGUUUUGGUUUGGUUAGAUCAGGUUAGGUUUAGGACUAGGGUUAGGCCUAGGUUAGGGGAUUUGAGGAUCGAACAACAUUCUUUUCAACCAGUCAUUUCCCUCUGAUUUUAGGGAUGGGUUAGGAAUAGGAAUAGGUUUAGGACUCGGAUGUUUGACUAAAUGUUUUUCCAGGACCUUCAAAAGAUGUUAAUCCAGGAACACGCCCUACUUGGCAAAAUCUUGAUGUCCAUUACUUGAUAUUACGGCCAAAUGAUUACGCACACAAAUUCAAGAGUAGUGCAUGAUUGCAAAGCAUUGAACAAGGACAUUUUUUUAUGUAAAGCCAUUAAAUAGCCUAAGGCCUUUAAUCCUAUGAUGUUCAGGGCAUAUCUAAUGAUGAUGUGAAGUGCAUUAGUACAGUACUGCAUAUCUUUUUGAAGCAAAGAUUUUGGGUGUAUUUGCACAGCCCAAGCAUCAUCGUAUUUCUAAGCUUCUUAAAAUACUUAAACUUGUACUCAUUCUGCAUGUAUUAUAUUGAUAAAAAAUGAUCAAUAAUAGUCACCUACAUGAAUCUUGGUAUACAUUUUCUAUGCAACGCAAUAUUUGGCAUUCCAUCAUUUGUAGAAUGGUAGUGGGAACAACAGCCGAGACAAACUUGAUCAACAACGUGAUUUAUUCUGUUAUUCAAUGCAACAGCCAUUAUUUAUUUAGAUUUCUGAUUUCUUGCUUUCAGAACAGUCCGUCUUUCUUUUCAAUCCCCACCUAUGAUGAAAGAAAAGAAACUGGAAAGACUUUCUCUUUGUAGUUUAGUUUAAAAGAAAAAAUGCCCAAGCUUUGCAGCAGUAGCCCCCUACUUUCAUUCCACUUCUAUUCACAUCAAGCUUCACUCCCACCUCCUCAGGCUGUCUGAUUGCCUUUGCUGUCUUACCAAACACUGCAGGAUGCGGUUAGUGUAGCCACUGACUUAUCUGCUGCGAAUAUAUCAGGCCCAUCACUCAGCAGUAUCUCACCUCGCCUGGCAACUCGCUGCAUGUAUCACGGCAUCAACGCCUGCAAGUCAAACUGUUUAUCUCUGUGUGUCAAUCCAUUUUAUCUAAUUUACAUCUCUGCAAAGCUUUGCCACUUCGACAUGCACGCAAGUCACCUCUAAUGAGGCUGUCGAGAUGACAUCCACCUUGCGUCAGGCCCUCAAUAUGUUCAAAACGGUUUGACGGUACAGAGCCUUAAUACGGUGGUGAGGAACCAAGGAGAACUUGGGAUGCCAUGGAUGGAUUAGUCCCAAACCCUCACCCUAAUCCGUAAAUCCUCCUCAACAUGCACUCACCUCACAAAAUGCUCCUGUCACUACCACUAAUCUAUGAUCCUGCCCCCUGCUAUUGUUGGAAAAAGCAUGUUUGAGUGCAUAGACGUGACCUCUCUGAUGGACCUGAGAUGAGAUGGUGCUCUCUUGCUAAAGUGCUCUGGAGUGACGAUGAUAGUCCCUGUUGAUGGCGGAUAGUAGCACCCUCAUUGAAGGCCAAAGCGAACACUCUAGCAUCUUAUCCUUUCAUUUACUACUGACAAAAAGCACCCAGAGAGAGAGAGAGAGAGGUCGUUUACAUACUUAUGCGUGUGCAUCAGUACACACAUGGAGUGAUUCACUGGAAAGCUCUGAUUUUGAGUAUCGAAGCGUAAUGGGUGGUUAAUGCUGUUUGUCCUUUAUAUAAAAAUCACUGCUUGGUGUUUAUUAAAAGAUGAAGUAUGUGACUUUCUGCACCCAAACAGAUUUGCAAAAAUAAUGACACUUUCACCAUCAGUUAUUGGUUGGCAAUCAAGUAGUUCAGCCCCAAAUUCAUGCCAUUGGUUGAGUCAAUAAGUUUGCAUACACUUUAAAAGUUCGAUUUUAGUCUGACUACAACAAUAAUUUGUCUUCUUAAAAUUCAUCAUGUACCAUUAAAGAUGUUUGCGAAGUCAGACUAACAUACCUAGAUAAUGCGAUUGUUGCUUCACUUUGUGCAGCAUGAAAGCAUGUUAAUCAGAACACAACUGGCCUUGGUGAUGACGACUGGGGUUGCCAACCAUCCUGUAUAAUAUGUAGUUGUCCAUUUUCAUAUACAAUUGUCAAUGUUACAAAUUACAGAUUAGAAUGGAACCCUAAAUUGAGAAGUAGUGAAAGAUCUUACUUGGAAUAUAUGCAGGUUAUACAUUGCAUUGCUCAUUGUAGAAGAGAGAGAGAUGACCAAAGAUGGCAGCGUGUAGGUUGCGUACUUCCGGUGCUGCAUGUGCCAGUCGAACAUUUGCCAUUGAGAUGGAUAGGAAUGCUAAUAGAUGGCUCUCUCCAGGUUUUAUAUACCACUCUGGCCCAGUCAUGCCGCUAAAACAGAAUGCAAUUCCCUUUGGUGCCAAUAGUGGCGCAGAAAUUACACAGCAUUGUAAUAUCAUUGUUGUAUGACCUACCACGUUAAUCAUUUAGUGUAGUACUUACAUGUCAUACUUUUAUCUUGGUUUAUAAUGCGUCAGUCUAUAAAGAGUCAUUAUAAGAAAUUAUAACGAUAGAUACAAAUAUGGCUUGGAGUAUUAUUCUAGCAUUUUUGCACUGCAGAGGUGCCUUCUGAUUAAGUUGAGGUCUCUAAUUUUACGCAUUCUCAAUUUGCUCUCCUGUCUCUGAUGAGAUUAGUUUAGUUCAUGUAGUUUUAAGUUGUCUUUACUUUGCACAGACUUAAUUGCAUAAAUUUGAAUAGUGUAGGCUGCAGACUUUAUAUCGGUACUUUUUGGUGUCUUAGCUGAAAUAACUACUGAAAUAACAACUCACUUCUGUGUGGCGAAAUAUUAUCAGACCUAAUUGUCACUGCUGUGUUGACUGGUGUACUUGGCCAUGUUUUGCUCUCUGAAACCCCUUUUCCAUCAACAAGGUGCCAGUGGCCAAUCUGGUUGUCCAAAAGUUUCUUAAAAAUCAGCUCUGUGCUGGUCCCUGAAACGUGUUUGUCUCGAACCAGGAACCGCUAACAUCAGUGGCAGGGGGCAUGAUAAUGUCCUUACCACAUAAAGCUUUCAAUCAACAACAAUUGAGUCCGGCUAGAUUUGCGCAAAGCAAACUAGAUUGCGCCCAUUAUAAUCACUGAAACUGUGUACACUGGAAGUGGCAGAAGCGGCGAAUCACGUCACGCAUUUAAAUGAAGGACACCAUGUUGUAUUUUUUUGUUGCACAGCAGCUCCAUUAAGUUUAUUUUCCCAGGUCUGUCAUAAAAUAAAUAAUUUUAUUUUUAAUUCCAUGUGAAUUGAUUGCUAUAAAUUGUAUUGGUAACACUUUAUAAUAAGGUUCCAUUCAUUAAUAUUAGUAAAUGCAUUAAGUAUCAUGAACUAACAAUGGAAAAAUAUUUUGCGCAGCAUUUAUUUAUAUAUCUUGGUGAACGUUAAUCAAAAUACUAUUGUUCAUUAUUCAUGUUUGUUCAUAUUGCAUUAACUAAUGUUAACUUAUGUUAUGUGAGAAGGAACAAAUCAGAGUUUCUAGAAACAGCUUUGCGUCACAGUUCUGUUGGUGUUUAUUUUGCGAAAAUUACAGUAUGAAUGCACAUCAUCCCGCUUGUUACAAGGCUACUCGCCUGUAACGUACUUGCAGAGAUCACAGAGUGAUAUGAGAAGUUGGAAAGAUGACUCGCAAUACCCGAAUGAGUGGUCUGAUAUCACUUUAUCCAUGGAUAUGCAGUUGUUAUUCAGAAAUAAUAGACAGCUAGACAGCAUGAUUGACCAAUCAGAAUUGAGUAUUCCAGAUAGCCUUGUAAUAACUAAUGUUAACAAAUACAACCUUAUUGUAAAGUGUUAGCAUUGUAUUUGUUAUAUAUUUAACUUUUGUAACAUCACAGCCAGCUUGUGAUGACAUAAAGUCAUUAAAUUAAGCACAGUGGAAAAGGGGUACGAAUGAUGCAGAGAUUCUCAAUUGUAUAAGGUAUACAAAAUAAGAAAACGACUGAACUUGUGAUACGCUACUGUCCUUACAAAGGUCAAAAGGUUCUUAGGAACUAGAACUCACUAUCUGUUACUUCACAUUUAUUUUAAAGGAAUAGUUCACCCAAAAAUAUAAAUUCUGUCAUUUACUCACCUUCAGGUUGAUCAGGUUGCCUUUCUUUUUCUGUAGAUCUCAAAAGAUCUAUUGAACUAUUCCUUUAAGUCUGUAUAAAAUGCGCACACACUGAAACUAUGCUUUUGUGGUCUUCCCAUAGCUGUAAGUGUUGACUAUAUAGAUUACUUGAAACUUUGUGUAGCUAUACAAAACUCAUAUGAGCUCAUGUCUUUAAAGGUGGUAACAUUAUAAUAAACACUAGUUUAUUUUGCAGAUUGAAGUUGCUUUGACCUGUGAUGUCCCUUGUUUCAUUUUGCGCAUGUUAACGUUUAUGGAACAAUAUCACUGUCCGUGUCAUUAUGUCUCCUAGUAGUAUCAAGUACUUACACUGCAACAUGUUUAUACAUAACAUUGAUGCAGAAACACUUUUAUUUGUUCUUUAAUUGUACUUUGUGUUGUGUACAAUCUUUCUGUUUACUUGUUCUUCAUUUGCGCUACAACUGAGAACUUAUGAAAAUGCACUGCUUUAUGAUGUAGAAUUCUGGUUAAUUUAUUUGUGCAUUAUUUACAAGAGUGUGUAAAUCUCACGAAAAAUUCCUUAAUCAGAUAUGCACUUUAAAUGUAUGUUUUUAUGGUGAUGUUUUCGUGUGCAGUGUGAGUGUCUAAGAUCUCUAAAUAAAGAUGCCACCAAAAUCAAGUCUCAUGGUGUGUGUGUGUACAUGUGUACUGCUUGGGAUCAAUAGCACUCCACUGUGCUGUGAACACAAUGUAGAAUUCAUGUCUUGAUGGGUGCUAUUUUCAAGUGUCUGGAUGUCUGAAUAGUUAUUUGUGUCCAACCAAGCUACAGUAUGAGAAGCAGUGAAAAAAGAGGUGUGCAGAGGGAGACUUGAGGCUGUGAUGGACAGUGACAGAAGAGUGGAAAAAGGUCCAGAGUACUACAGAGUGCUGACCAGGAAGUAUUGGGCUGCUGGCAUCAACUUCAAGGCCUAUUCACAUCAAGACAUUCCUGUGGCUCAGCUGGAAGAACACGGUGCUAGAUACA